AUGUCGUCGGCGUUACAAAAGAACGCACCAGUCCUACCUAUAGAGAUAUGGUCUGAAAUUCUCGUUCGGCUUUACUGGACCGACCAUUCGGCAUUAAAGUCAGCUUCUUUAACCAAUCGCAAGCUACGUGACAUUGCCGCGCCUAUCUUAUUCCGAACUUUGCAGAUGGAAUUAUUCCCCUCAAAUCGAAAAUGGCGUCUGAAGAAUGUGGGCAUAAUUCCAUUGAAGCAUGUCAGAGUCAUUGUGGUGACAGGCAUCGGCUGGCAGCGCGGCAUUGGAGACUGGGCAGGGGAUGGCUUAUUGAAAGUGAUUGAGUCUGCCACCGGCCUCCAAGAAUUCCAGUACAUGCCGGGCUUUGCUCUUUUCAAAAUUCACCAGCUUUAUCCACAUGUUAUCGUGCAUAUCAAUAGCAUGGAUGUUUGUCUGGCACAGCGAAGGCGACCCCGUCAUCCCAUCGAGCGAUCUAUUCCUUAUCUUGAAUGCCUUCGCUCCCUUACCUCGGAGUGGUUUGACUUCGAUUCUAUAUCCAAACCUCCUACUAAUGCCAAUGCUAGCUAUCAAGCUCGCCUGAAGGACAUUAUAUGCGCCAGUCAUAAUUUGGAGACUUUGAAGCUCAUCAAAAGAGGAAACGGCUCGUGGCCCCCUCCAAGGGGAAUGAUCACAUUGCAGGAAGGCGAUGUUCUGCCGAAACUGAAGCAUCUACACCUUUACCAUAUGUACCUUGAUGAGACACAAAGCCUUUUGUGGGCAAAGUCUCUUCAGUGGGAAACACUCGAAUCCUUAUCAUUGGUAAAUGGUGAAUGGGUUGAUUUAGUUCCUGGUAUCGCAAAUCGUCUAAAGAGCCUCAAGUCAUUUGAGGUUUCCCUCUCCGAAUCUUACCCCAAAUUGAGGGAUUGGGUUCAAUUCGAUGAAAAGCUAGAUCCACCGCCUCUUUACUGGAAGCGAGCAGCACAAUUGUGUCUCUUUCUCGAAUCCAUGCCUCUUCUUGAGAAGUUUGUUGGCUACUAUGUUCCGCAAUCAAUUCUUGACACUCUUUCAAAACUCCAUGGCGAGACACUAAAGCAUUUACGGUUUCGGAGCACGCCUCGCGGACACUUGGCUCCGAAUGAGCGUCCUUGGCCUCCAAGCAUCGAAAAUCUAGAAACUCUAGCGGACCGGUUUCCCAAUCUUCAGUCUCUGGGUCUUGACCUUGACUGGAUAUAUCAAGAAUGGCCUUAUGAGACUAUGACCAAUAUACGCCAACUCAAACAUCUCAAACACCUGGAAAUAAAUAUCCCUAGUGUAUUUUCCCGAUUUGGCACUCCAAAGCAUGACUUCGGUGUCUUUGGUGUGAAUAAAAUGGAUGACAAUGCCUGUAAGCGGCUUAUACGAUUCUUUGAAAUGGGCUUAGACUCCGUUGCCCUCUAUUCGUUACACAUCAAAAUCGGAGAAUGGGAAGAUGCCAAGUGGUCUCCAAAAACUCAUUUUCCCAGGAAUGAGCCGAUGAUUAUUGGGGAACGCGACUCCUCUGGGGGCAUGCACUUUCAUCGCAUAUACCCACCCAACCGAGAGAGCAAAAUGAUUGAUCCAUAUAUGAUAAUGGUCCCCUAUUCCCGAGAUCUUUAUCAAAGCCUCUUAGAGAUUCAUGGCUAUGAUCGCCCAGGCUCCAUGGACAGUGGCAAUUCCACUCGCGUGAGUUCCGACUCGAUGUGGGGAACCUUAUUAUAA